AUGGCAAAUUCCCACUCGGUCAUAAAAAUGAUUCGUGAUAAAAAAGACUUGGACAUAAUAAUAACGGACGAAAGGUUAAACAUUAUUCUACUGAAAGCUGAUCUAGCUGCUCCAGUUCCUCCACCGUACACAGAAACCACACUCGAAGCAGUCAAAUUACUCUGUAACUUAAUAUACAAUUCGCCAAGUGUUCAAAUUCAAAUAGCGAAAACAGAUUGUCUGAAAAAUCUAGUCACACGAAUAAGCAAUUAUGACCCAACUGUCACAAAUAAUAUCAUGCUAUUUGAUAUGAGAAUUUUAUUUUUAAUUACCGCGUUGAAUAUUCCCUCAAGAAAUAUUUGUAAAAAUGAAUAUAAUGGAGAUAAAUUAUUGAUUGACUGCUUAAAUAAUUUAUCUAACAGAUUAUCAUCUUCAAAGGAAAUAGUUGAAGUAAUUUGCGAGCUCCUAAAAGCUCUGUACAACAUAUAUAUAGACGCUGAGGAAACCACAAAAGAGCAAUCGGAAACUAAUAAAAGAUUAGUUGGAAUUUUAUACAGAUUAUUGACUUCAGAGGACGUAAAAAAGCUUGACAGCAAAGAAUUGCAAAGUGGUAUUGCAGAUUUAUUGAUAGUAAUACCGUACACCAGUUUUGAUCCUCUAGUACCUCGAAUAAGUCCCGAGAAUAAAAGCUCUGAAGUUUUUGAGGACUUGGACAUGUCAGCAAUCUGGGAGCUGGUUAAAUAUUUAGACGCGUGUUUGAAUUCUCGGGAGAAUCUUGUUAAAAAUACUUUACCUGCAGUGUCCGCCUUGUUGAAGCUUGCAAGAAGCAACAGAUGCAUACGCAAGUAUGCUAGACUUAAAGUUUUGCCGCCUUUGAAGGAUGUGAUGAAGCGUCCUGAAGAAGGAACAACUUUGCGAGCUAAGUUGUGUAAAUUGCUGACAUUCCCUAUCGUGGAAUUACGAGUUGCUAUCUCUGAAUUUUUAUUUGUUCUGUGUAAAAAAAAUGUUGGUCGCAUGAUUAAGUACACUGGUUUUGGUAAUGCAGCUGGAAUGCUUGCAAAUAAAGGGCUCUUAGGCGGGAAUCAACCUGAGACAAAUUACUCUUCAGAGUCCGGAGAAAGUGACACUGAAGAGUAUACUAAGUACAAAGAAAAUAUAAAUCCUGUGACUGGAUGCUACGAGAAUCCUAAACCUAGUCCUUUGGAAGGAAUGACUGAGGAACAAAAAGAGUACGAGGCUAUGAAACUUGUUAAUCUUGUUAACAAGUUGUCUAGUGAUGGAAUUAUUAAGCCAUGUACGGUUGGUGAAGAUGGCAAGCCAAAACCAAUUGAGCAUGUAUUCGAGCUACAGAAAGGUUUAAAUUUACCAAAAAAUGACAGUGAUGAAGAUUAA